GGCAGUGAAAUAUUGAAACAAUUGGUGGAAUAGUCGACGAUUGUUGACAGUUUCUAAUUAUCUGUGACAUAUUUAUUACGUGACAAACUUCUCAGAUUCAGAUUUACUCUUUUGCAUUUGCUGUCGGUGGCAUUGUGUUAUUCCGAUAAUCGUUAUUCCGGCACAGCGUGGCAGGAAAUAUGAUAAUUACCCGUAUGGUCUAGGCCGCCGUUUGAUAAUAACAUGCUGUUAAUAAUAUAUGAUAAGCUGCAUACGUCUGCAGGCUACUUUAAAGUAAGACACGCCGGGCUAAUAAACGUCGACGGAUCGCGAAAGAAUUACGAUCACGGAGAGAUGUUGAAAGUGACACAUGUGUUAUCAUAGAAUAACCCUAACACAAUUUUUCUAUCUAGAUUUCGUAUGGACAAGUGUUUCAUUUACUUCUACCGGUGUGCGAUAAGAUGCAGGUAAAGAUGAUUGGAAUGUAUCAGUUGGGAUUAUAUUUAUUGUUAUUCGGAAGCUGCAUUGGCAAUUAUGCCAGAUGGGACAUACAAUUGCUAUGUUCGGAUUUAUAUCCGCGAGUAUUCACAAGUUAUCUGCCUCGUGGAAAUUUAACCAGUGGAACUUACACGCAGCAACCUCACUUGUCCACUAUGCAGGACUGCGUUAUGGCAUGUUGCAAAAAAUCUUUGUGCAAUGUAGCAUUCAUACACAAUAGCACGUGUUAUCAUAUAGAGUGUAACAGUUCCAUGAUGUGCAUGCCAUUGUAUAGACCUGAAUUAGCAAACGAUAAUCCACCGAGCAUGGUGCUGGUCCGACCUGUGGAGAAUAACAAAAUAUGGAGCGAUUUGUUAGAUCAAAUCGAUAAUACUGUUGGGACAUUGAGCACAGAUGGUACCGAACAAGAUCAAAUAUUGUUCAAUGAAGAGAGCAAAAUCAGUUGUAUAGAUCAGUCAGGUUGUCUAGAUAACGAAAUUUGUGUAAAACAUGGAGAUACAGAUGUUGGCACUUGUCAAUGUCCUCUGGGCUUUAAGCGAAAUAUUGCUGGUACUUGUAUAAUAGCGAACGAAAUAGAUACUGCUGAACUCGACGUGACACCGCAAGCAAAAAUUCAAACUGUGAAGGAUACUAGCACGUCAAUUAAACCAACUAUGAAGCAAUUGUUAGUCUCAGCAGUUUCUAAAGAAGUGAGAUUACCAGAAAAUGAAGUCACAUUGUCCGCGUAUACUGUCCCAGCUGAACGGGGCAAGCAACAUUAUAAUUAUGCUUGGAGUCUACUUAGUCAACCAGAGGGGCACACUGGAACAAUGACGGAUCAGAAUCGUGUUACUGUUAAAUUAAGUAAUUUAUCGGAAGGCUUAUAUACGUUUAAAGUAGCUGUAAGCAGUCCAAAUGCUUACGGAGAAGCUUAUGCCAAUGUCAGCGUUUUACCUCCUAAACGUAUCAAUCAAGCGCCAAUUGCCAUAAUCACUCCUGCUUCGCAAAUUGUGAAACUACCGAAUACAGGCGCAGUCUUGGAUGGCUCAAACAGUAAGGAUGAUGAUCGCGUCAUCUCUUAUCAUUGGGAACUGCAACAAGGCCCGAUUGGAUAUCAGCCCAACCUUCUCAAUGCACCUACACUUCAAUUGGACAAUCUUAUUGCUGGAAAUUACACAUUCAAAUUGACAGUUGAAGACUCGGAUCACAUUGCAAAUUCGACGAGUGCCAAUAUAACUGUCUUGAAAGUAACCGAUUAUCCUCCUAGUGCAAAUGCAGGACAAGAUGUCAUUAUUUACCUGCCUCAAAAUACAUUAACACUUAAUGGCAAUUUGAGUACCGACGAUCGAGGAAUAGGAAGCUGGGAAUGGACAAAAAGUCCAUCUGAUCAGAAUAAAGCAGUGGACAUGCAAAAUACAAGAACACCUUACUUGCAAUUGUCAAAUCUGGAGGAAGGAAUGUAUACGUUUGUACUUAAAGUAACGGAUGACUCCGAGCAAUCUUCCACAGCAGAAGUUCACGUUUUCGUGAAACCUCCAACAAAUAAACCACCAAAGGCCGACGCAGGAAAUAAUAUAACCAUAGCGUUGCCAAUAACACGCGCUAUUCUGAAUGGUACCAGAAGUAAGGACGACAUAAAGAUUGUCUUGUAUCAUUGGGAGCAAAUAAGCGGGCCUAAUAACGCUGAUAUCGGCGCAGCAAACGAGUCUAUUACAAACGUUAUAAAAUUGACAAAAGGCGAUUACGUAUUCAAACUGACCGUUGUUGAUGAUAAUGGAAACGCGGAUUCAGAUACAGUCAAUGUAAAAGUAACACAAAAUAAAAAUGCACCUCCAAAAGCAAAUGCUGGUGGCGAUCAAGUUGUGACAGCACCAAUCAGCGCAUUAAUUAUCAACGGUUCACAGUCUAGCGAUGAUUUGAAAAUAGGACAAUGGUUGUGGACCAGAGAUCAGUCUAGUCUUGCGAUUGGUACUAUAGUUCAAGAUACUGAUAAAUCAUCAGUCUUAAUGCUAACGGAUAUUGUUCCUGGUCGUUAUGUAUUUCGAUUGAAAGUGAUGGAUGAUCAAGGUUUGAGCAGUGAAGAUACUGUAUCGGUAAUUGUAAAGUCUGAUCCACAAUUGUUGCAUUUAGUGGAAUUAACGCUAAAUAUUGGAGCUAGCAUGCUAACCGUUUCGCAAAAGAAUUCGUUAGUAGUGAAACUACAAAUGUUAUUGCGGGACGAAGCUUCGAUUGUAGUGCGAAGUUUGAGAGCUGAACCGCACACUGGAAAAGCUGUUUUAGUAUUUUAUGUGGAAAAGAAGGGAGGAAAAGUAACAUUGCCGGGUCCAGAAGUAGUUAAGAGAUUGAAAGAAAAAUUAUUGCAAGAUUCCGGUCUCUUGCAGCUAUCUGUUGCCAAUAUAGAUACCGCUAUAUGCCAAAACAAUUGUUCAGGUCACGGCGUGUGCGAUCAAGAAACGAGACAAUGCUUGUGCGAAGCAUUUUGGAUGCAGAACUUAAUACAGAAGUAUUUUGGUGAUGGAGACUCCAAUUGCGAUUGGAGUAUAUUGUAUGUGAUAAUAGCAUUGCUAUCAUUAAUUAUAUGUUGGAUUGGGCUUAUUUGGGGACUUGUUUGCUUAUGCCAAAAAAUAUGCGCCGGCAGAAGGCGUUUACUUCGACCUAAGAAAAAACCAGCGCGUUAUUCUUUGCUACAACCGGAGCCAGAAGACGACAGCAGCGCAUUUUCAACUCACAACAAGAUGAUAUUAUCGGAAUCCGACACCGAUUCCGAUGAUGUCUUAUUUGAACAUCGUAAGAGUAAAAGCGGCAAUCAUAUAAGAAAUAAUAAAUCUCGAAAUGGAUUUAUUAAAGUUGGCCGGGUGAAGACAUGAGAAACGAUAAUGAUGCAAUGAUGAAUAGCGCACAGUUGGUCUGGCCAAACUUGAAAUACUAGUCAUGAAAGUGUCAGUUGGCUUAUGUACCUUAUGGGAACCGCCUCAAAAAUCAAUAUUAAUAACAAUGUUCUAAGGAGAUAGAGAUGGAGUCUAAGUAUUGUUUAUAGAUAUGUGAAAAUAAUGUCACUCUCUACGUCGCGUUACUUAAUUCAUCUCAAGUAUUACUCGAUUUUAUUCUGUACCUUUGUUAUGUGAUUUCUAAUUGUAUCAAUAAUCGAUGACGCAACGAUACAGUGUCACAUAAUUGUCAAACUGUUUGAGAGCUUAUCUAAAUAUUAUUACGGCCUUAGAAAAUAUUCAAAUAUGUAGUAAGCACUCUGUCACGUCUAUAUGUCAUUUAUAUGUACUCUUUAAUAUGUACAUUGUCAAUCUUAUUUUUACACUAUAUGGAUACUAAAUAAAAUUUGCUAUCCAUACA